AGUUGGGCCUAGGCCCAUUGGAUAACAGAAGGUCAACAGUCCACUAGGGUUUAGUUUCAUUUGUUACAUAUGUAUGGGAGGAGAGUGGUACUAUACCCUUCUUCAACUCUGCCUACCUCACGAGCUCCAUCGAUCUCAACCAUGCCUAAGCAAAUCCAUGAGAUCAAGGAUUUCCUUCUUACUGCAAGAAGGAAGGAUGCUCGUUCAGUAAAAAUCAAGAGGACCAAAGAUGCUGUCAAGUUCAAGGUCAGAUGCUCCAAGUACCUCUACACACUUUGUGUCUUUGAUGCUGAGAAGGCUAACAAGUUGAAGCAAUCCCUUCCCCCAGGUUUGAGUGUUCAAGACCUGUGAAGGGUUAGGUGGUGUCUACUCUUGCUGUUUGUAGGGAAUUUACUUUAUCAUGUGCUUUGUUUUAUUUGGAAGUUUUGAAUAGCUCUUACAUGUUAAAAACAUUUUUGUUUGUUAAUUGGGAUUUUGUGGUGAUGAUGUUUGCAUCCAAUGAGUAUUAUUUAGGAGCUUUUUAGUCUA